AGCACACGCACAGCACCGGCGUAGAGAGAGUGGGCAGGCUCAAGUAAGAAAAUUAUAAGGUCAUUGGAAUUACCGGGGCCACGAUCGGUCGUUACAAUGAUGCGAUAACAAAACCGAGUGAAAUAAUGAAUUAAACGAGAGCAAAGUCUAGCAAACGAGCCCCGCUUAUAAGGCCAAAGGCAGACGCGCGGUCCUCCUCACACCGCCGCGCGCGUGUGUAUCAGCGCAGGUAAACGCGGUGGAGGUUUCGCUUAAGCCGAUCAAGGUGGGAUUGAACGGAGCAGGCUCCUCUUCUGGCAUACCAAGCGUUAUCGUGGACCACGGAGACAGUAAUUGAGGAUGUUGCGGUUAGCGUGCUCCACGGCCCUGCUCCUCGUUCUCAGGGUGUUCGCGGGUCUGUCCUGGUUCCAGGUUCUGCCAUCCAUUUUCAUUUUCUACACGGGAUCAGGAGGAUGGAAGACCCUUGAUGUGUUCGCAAAGACAAUUUAUCGUGACUUGCACGCAGCCACAGUUUUGCUAAGGGUAAGACUGAACGUCACAAGGAAUCUCCGCGAGCGAAACACCCUCCCUAAACUUUUCGCCAAGUCCGUCAAGAAAUACGGCGACAAGACGGCUCUGAUCUUCGAAGGAACUGGCGAAAAAUGGAGCUUCAAGCAGCUCGACGACUACUCCAACCGCGUGGCUAACUUUCUCCUUCAGAGGGGCUUCAAAGAGGGCGAUGUGAUAGCUCUGUUCAUGGAGAACCGCUCCCAGUACGUGGGGCUAUGGCUGGGCAUGGCAAAGAUCGGAGUGGAGGCGGCGCUCAUCAACUUCAAUCUGAGACUGGAGGCUCUGGUUCACUGCGUCAACAUCUCCAACGCAAAAGCUGUGGUGUUCGGCAGUGAACUUACAGAUGCGAUGUGUGAGGUGCACAGCUCUAUGGGAAAAACAGUGAAUCUGUUCUGCUCUGGAGAAUGGGAUCCCAAACGGGUUCCUGAGGGGACGGAGUGUCUGGAGCCACUCCUGGAGGCGGCCCCUACAAACCAGCCUGAACAACCAGAUCGGAGCUUCAUAGAUCGCCUUUUUUAUAUUUACACAUCGGGAACCACUGGAAUGCCAAAAGCCGCUAUCGUAGUACAUAGCCGGUAUUACCGCAUGGCUGCCCUGGUGUACUAUGGUUUCAGAAUGAAGUCUGAGGAUGUGCUGUAUGACUGCUUACCACUUUACCAUUCAGCAGGUAAUAUUGUGGGAGUCGGACAGUGUCUGAUUCAUGGAAUGACUGUGGUGAUUAGGAAGAAGUUCAGUGCGUCAAAAUUCUGGGAUGACUGUAUCAAAUACGACUGCACAAUCGUGCAAUACAUCGGGGAGAUCUGCCGCUAUCUGCUAAACCAGCCGAAGAAGGAUGCGGAGCGCCAGCACAAGGUCCGCAUGGCUCUCGGCAACGGCCUCCGCCAAUCCAUCUGGGGGGAAUUCACCAGCCGCUUCAACGUACCGCAAAUCGCAGAGUUUUACGGAGCCACCGAAUGCAACUGCAGCCUGGGCAACUUCGACAAUAAGAUGGGCGCUUGUGGAUUCAACAGCCGUAUAUUGCCGUUCUUCUAUCCCAUCCGAUUGGUCAAAGUAGAUGAGGAGACAAUGGAGCUUAUCAGAGGACCUGACGGUGUCUGUAUACCGUGUGGACCAGGGGAACCCGGUCAGUUGGUCGGCAGAAUCAUUCAAAACGACCCCCUCAGGCGAUUCGACGGCUACGUCAACGAAUCUGCUACUAACAAGAAGGUCGCCAAAGACGUCUUCAAAAAGGGAGAUAUGGCCUACCUCUCAGGGGACGUCCUGGUGAUGGACGACUAUGGCUACAUGUACUUCAGAGACCGUACGGGAGAUACGUUCCGCUGGAAAGGAGAGAACGUGUCCACCACUGAGCUGGAGGGGACGCUCAGUCGCCUGCUGGACAUGAAGGAUGUGGUGGUGUAUGGCGUGGAGGUGCCAGGUGCUGAGGGAAAGGCAGGAAUGGCGGCUAUAGCAGACCCAGAGCGUAACACAGACCUGCAGAAGUUCAGCAGGGAGUUGGAGAAAGCUCUGCCGCCCUACGCUCGGCCCGUCUUUUUGCGCUUCCUACCAGAGGUGAACAAAACAGGAACUUUCAAAUUCCAGAAGACAGACAUGCGGCGCGAGGGAUUCGACCCCAGCGCCGUCUCCGAUAAACUCUACUUCCUGGACUGCACUAAAGGACAGUACGUGGAGCUGACCGCAGAACUCCAUCGCAACAUCGUCUCAGGAAAGCAGAAAGUAUGAGACUACCGCCCAUUCCCUCACCGACCCCGCCCCUCAUAUCACACCCCGCCCCUCGUUACCUCAACGACCGCAGUGAGGGGCCGCAGGAACGCAUUCUGCCCACAUAUUCAACUCGAUUCCUACAUACACCAGAGCGUCCUGUCCCAAACCCACCCCUGUUACAACCAAUAAGGGACUGAGGAGGCAUACAGCCAUUUUAAAAGCAAAAAAAGUAAAAAAUAAAGCAAUUCAGCAGAUAAAUACAAUACAAUACAACAUACAGCAAAGAGAGGCACAAGGACCAACACACCGGCUGUCAAACGGUAAAGCUUUCCCUCACCUCAGCCGCACAAUGCUUGCAACAUAAUUCAGGACUGAGUGACAAACGAUUUUAUAAGCGACUGCUAUUGUAAAUGCACCCUGACCAAAACCAUGUGGAUUGAUGUGCAAUGCGAACCCAAUGCCGGCCGUGUGCUUGUUAGCCGUCACGACUAUGUAUUUAACUCUAUAACAUGCACCAAAUAUAUUUAAGUUGAAUCAUCUAUUUAGUCAUGAAUCUGCAGGCUACAUCAAUGACAUCUGGUACGCUAUUGCAUCCAUACGACUUCUCCUCCUGACCUCUAGUGUGCGCUGUCAGCAUGAAAGCUUUGUACUAACCAUACUGCAACAUUGUGCAGGCUGGGACUAACGGGUUCGCUUUGUUCCAUUUGACGCGAAGGAUCUUCUGCACUAGCGGGAUGUUUAAAGUGAACUUUGCAUGGAGGCAAAAAACGUAAAAGUAGUGUGAAACCGUGCUGCUAAAGAGCGUACAUCUUCUCCGUCCGUGAAGCGACACCCAUUGAAGUGGGAGAAGUGAAAAGCCAGCCACAAGAGAACGAAGGGAAAGGCAUUCAUCAUCCGUACCAUCUCGAUUCUAGUUUUACUUUUAGCAGCAUGAAUGGUAGACGCAAACAGAGCACUGUGCCUUACUGUCAGGUGCCCUCGUCUUGUAACAUUACACCACACUAACCCUCCCCUUAUUUCCCAUCAUGCCCAGUGUCCGUUAUUACAUAUUUGUAUAUGUACGCGAUACUUUCUUGCAAACUUUCUCUCGUCCACUGACAGUCGGAUUUAUUUAUUUGUAUCGUAGCAAGUAUUUAAGCGUUUGCGUGUGUGUGUGUGCACGUGUGAGAUGUUUUUGUGUGACGGCACUUGAAUUUCUCCAGUCACUGUUUUGUCACCAUAUAUCACGAAUGAGGGAAAUUAUUUGACUGGGUUGACGUGCUGGGGGUGAAUCUCACAAAUACAGGUCAUAUUUCACCCUGAUAUUAAAUUCUAGGGCUGGGUAAAAAAAUCGAUUUUUCGAAUAAUUCGAAUUCGAAAUCGAUUCUUAAAGGCCACAAAUCUAUUUUUUUUCCAUAUUUAUUUCUGCAAACAUUGAAUGUAAGAUUAACGUUAAUCUAAUUACUAAUCUUCUCCACUAGAUGUCACCCUCUUUUUUUUUAUUGCGCGAUGUUACCAAGGAACGAGAGGCGAGCCUGUCAUUCAUUCAUUCAGUCUUUAUUCUAAUAUAUUCUAAUAUAAUAUAAUAUUCUAUAUAAUUUAUAUUCAUUGAGUUGAAUCGAAAAUCGAGUAUAAAAAUCGGCCCGAGAAUCGGAAUUGAAUCGAAAUCAAAUAGAUUUAAUAGCUUGUGAAUCGAAAUCGAAUCAAUCUGGAACAUCUGAAUCAAUACCCAGCCCUAUUAAAUUUGGGAAAAAACUAUAUUUUACAUACAUGAAAAUUGAUAUAUUUACUGUAACGACGUAAGACUUAUUCUCAGUAAUUUAUUGACCAAAAAAGUCAUUCAUUUAUUACUGUAAUAGAGUCAUGAAAAUCAUCCUGUCUGGACAUAAUGGGGUUUUUAUACAUUAAAAUAUUUAAAUUAAAUUAAUGUCAACAAAUACUACUUUGAUCUGUACUUGCAACUGUCAGUAAAAUAUUUUUACUUUUUUAAUAUGUGGUGAAAUAUGACGUGUCUUGAUAGUUUCUGUGAAAUUCGCCUACACCGCUAUAUUAUUAGAUUAGAUAUUAAAGCAAUACUAAAGAGUUUUUUACCUUAAAAUAACAUUUUCCAAAAAAAUUUCAGUCAUUCAUCUACUUGAAACAGGGUGAACGGCACUUUCACAUUCGCUUUGCAGCCCUCUAUCGGCAAAAAAACGCACUAAAGAAGUUUCCAACCUGUAGUUCAAUUGAAAAAUACAAAAACUUGCUUUACGGCAGACCUACGAUCCAAUCAGAGCCAGCUUUGCUGCAGUAGGCUAAAUUAUUUACGACAGUGGUAAUGGACAAUUCCGCUUCCAACCUGUAGGGGGAGCAAAGAACAAAAACUCUUUAGUGUUGCUUUAAAAACCCAGGGCACAGGAAUGAUGUAAUUGGUUAGUCAGCCAAUCAGACGCAGCCGUCUUUAUCAAUAUCAAUUCGGUUUUAUUUCGUGACUUAUCUUUUUGUUAUCACUUGGAAAUUCAUUUUUGUAAACGAUUGAAUUGUUGUGCUUUUGGUUGAGCUUUAUUUUCUGUUAUCCUAUGCUUGUCUGUUUUCAUCUUUGUUCUGGGGGUAAGAGAGAGAGAAACAGCAUCUAACAUCACUUUCAAUGAAUUUGUUAGAUUCAUUAUAAAGCAGCUCGACAAGCAUUUCUUGUUAUGAUGUCUGUGUCCUAUGACAGCAGGAAUCUUCAUUUGUAAACUUGCUGAGGCCUCUCUCUUUUUUCUCCCGGUUAAAGGAACGGUUCAUCCAAAUAUGAAUUUAUUCACCCUCAUCUUGUUUUAAAUCAAUAUGCUGGUUAUUUCAGUAGAUCACACAGUUUUGAAGAAUGUUAACAUACCUAUAUGAAUUCAUAUUUAACAUUUUCUGAAGCUUUGUGUGAGCAAAAAGCCAGUUUUAUGCACUGAACAUCUCAUUUCUUUUGCAGUAUACAAGUUUGACUUGAGGGUCAGUAAAUAUUGACAAAAUGAGCAUUUUUCGCUAAAUUUCAACUUGCAUACACACACACAAAACCACGUUUUGUCAUCAUUUUGGUGCUUUUCAAUUUAUGAUGUAAACAUUUUCGUAUUGUAAUAACAUCAGCAAUGUGAAAUACAGAAGGGAGGGCUGUGAAUUACCAUUAUUGUUAUUUUCAAUUUAUUCAAACAAUGUUUAUUGAGGUAUUUUUAUUUGGUUUUUGUUUUUGCUUCGCUUUACUCCAAAAAACUGUGUGCAAGUUUGUGUCUUCAUUUAAAGGGAUAGUAAUCCAAAAAUGAAAAUUCUGUCAUCAUUUAUUCACUCUCAUGUUGUUACAAACCUGUAUAAAACAAAAACAAAGGAAGAUGUUUUGAGAAAUGUUUGUAACCAAACUGUUUGUGGACUCAAUUUACUUCCAUAGUUGGAUAAAAGAAUACUAUGGAAGUAAAUGGUCCAAAACAUUUCUCAAAAUAUCUUCCUUUGUGUUCAUCAAAACAAAGACAUUUAUACAGGUUUGUAACAACAUGAGUGUGAGUAAAUGAUGACAGAAUUGUCAUUUUUGGGUGACCUAUCCCUUUAAUACCAUGCAUGUGAGAUGUGACGUAGUUCUCAUGUCUGUCCGCUAGAUGGAGCUCUUGUUCAUUUAUUCCAGGCUUCAUUCCAUAAAGUUUCCUUCCUCGUGCUCAUAAUGUCGUGUUUGAAAAUACUUGUGAAUACACCAGUAUGUUUUUAUGUUUAUAAGUUUUAUAUUUAUAAGUUAAUUAUUUACUGAAUUUUGUUUCUAAUUUUAUUCGGGCAAUAGUUUGAAACCACUAAGGGAGCGACAAGAAAUGGUUUUAUCAUGUUUUAUCGAGCACCAAAGCCAGUGAUGAUUUUGUAUUUUGUUUUGUUUUUAUUGUCACACUUUUUAAAAGAUCGCUCAUGAAUGCACUGUUUUGUUUGGUUAUUUUUCUGUUCGGUACUCAGGAACAACAUGCAAGGCAUUUGAGAGGAGGGGCAAUUGUAAGCCAGCUGCUCCGUUUGUCGACGUGUGUAUGUGCGUGUAUGUGAGUGAGGGUGUUUAUGUAGAGGUGUGUGAGGUGUGCCAUGUCACACUGAAGUCCUCUCGUCUUAGACAAGCUGUAAAUCAUGCUCUCUUUCAAAACAAUGGCAUCCGAGAAUCAAUAUUAAUAAAAAAUAUAAAAGUAA